GCUGUCGGUGGCGGCCGCGGGCCGGCAGUCGUCACAGAAGCCGGGCUGUGGAGCGCAGUCGCUCCGGACCCCAACCCGGCGGAGGGUCUCUCCGAGGGCGUCGGCGAAGACACCGUUGAGUCCCUCUCACAUCGGGGCUCAGUCUGGGCUCGCCCCCCAGCGGUAUGUGACCCGGUGCUCAGCGUCUGUAAGUGUCGGGUAAGGGCAGCUGACGGCCCUGCCCCGCCCUCCCCAGGCUUCGCGGAGGCUCUCCGACCCAGGCAUUAUGAAGGCAGCUGAAUCUUCUACGAGAGCAGCGUCUCAGCUGGAAGGGGCUGGAGCGAGGGGGAGAAGCAGAGAUGCUUCCGUCGCUUUGCAUUGCCUGUAGGACGUGGAGGGCCCAGAGCCCCGCCCAGGUCCGGAAUAGCACCCCAAAUACCCUCGUCUCCGUACACAGUUAAUGCCCCAUUCCUUAACUUAAGUGAAAUAAGAAGAGGGCGGUCGUCUGGGUAGCCACCUGCCCCUUUCAGCCAUGAAGGCAGAGACAGUGUCCUCAUUACGAGAGACUCCAGCUGAAUCCAGCUGGAGUCUCAAUAACCUGCUGAGUAGCCGGAAGCUUAUGGCUGUGGGGAUCGUGCUCGGUUGGCUCAUGGUCAUCCACUUUCUGAUCAAUGUGUGGCUUCUCUGCCUUCUGUCUGCCUUGCUAGCGGUGCUGGGAGGAUGGCUGGGCUCAAAUGCCAUUGUGGGGGCUUCAGGUCGACUGCAUCUGGAACGCUUCAUCCCAGUGGCCACCUGUCCUCCAAACCCUGAGGCAGAGAGGCAAUUGGAACAGGAGAUUGACCGUACCAUCCAGAUGAUUAUUCGGGACUUUGUGUCUUCCUGGUAUCGCUCAGUGAGCCAGGAGCCAGCCUUUGAGGAAGAAAUGGAGGCCGCCAUGAGAGGCUUGGUCCAGGAGCUCCGGAAGAGGAUGGGCAUGGUGGACAGUCAUGCGCUUGCCCAGAGGGUUCUGACUCUCUGUGGUUGUCACCUGCAGAGCUAUAUUCAGGCAAAGGAGGCCACAGCUGAGAAGCAGAGUGGUACAGUUGAGCCCUCCCAGCUCUGGGAGGCUUACCGUCGAGCUACUGCCCCACAUCCUGCUGUACAGAGUCCCAGCACUGAGGUCACCUAUACACGUGGCAUUGUAAAUUUGUUGCUGCAAGGACUCGUGCCAAAGCCCCACUUGGAGACCCGCACCGGCCGCCAUGUAGUGGUGGAACUCAUUACUUGCAAUGUAAUCUUACCACUAAUCAGCAAGCUGUCAGAUCCUGACUGGAUCCACCUUGUACUUGUGGGCAUCUUUUCCAAGGCCAGAAAUAACCCGACAGAAGUGGUUAAACCAACCUCCCCAGCCCUGGAAAAGCCCUCCGUGCCCACAUCUCUGCCUCUGAUUGUUGAGGAAAAGAGUCUGCCAGAAGUGAGAGCCCCUUCUCCAGCAGCAGCGCCAGCGCUACUAAACUGUAAUGAGCCAGAGGGGUCUUCCCACCACUCCCCAGAAGUUGAAGAAGGCCGUGAAGCAAUAGAGGGAGAAUUGGGUGGACUGCCAGAAGAAAGAAAAGUAGGAAACAACUCAUCUCGUUUCCUACAGCCAGAUAUUCGAGGCCCUUUGUUCUUAUGUGAAGACACAGAGCUGGAGUCUCCAUUGUCUGAACUGAGCAAAGAAACCAUCAUGCUCAUGACCCCAGGCCACUUCCUCUCUGAAAGGAUCCAGGAUGCCCUAUGUGUCCUAGAGGGCCCCCAGUCUCUGAAGUCUAAGGAUGUUGAGGGAUCUGAAGGAAUUGAAGGAGCAGAGGCUGAAGAGGAUCCAGGAACAGAAACAGAGACAGGCCUGCUGGUCUCCAUGCUGACUUCCUGCCCAGAAAUCCACAUUGACACAGCAGACAAGGAAGUAGAGCAACGAGAUGUCACCUCUCUUACAGCUUUGCUGACAGAUCCAGAGAGGACCUGCCCCCCACGACCCUCAUGCUUAGAGAAGGAUCUCACCAAUGGCGUGAGCUCCUUAGAUCCUAGUCUCCCACAGGUGCUGCUUUCCUCCUCUCCAACUUGUCCUCUUAGCUCAGCCACCUUCAGCUUUGAGCCCCUGAGCAGUCCCGAUGGCCCCGUUGUUAUCCAGAACCUUCGUAUCACUGGUACCAUUACUGCUCGAGAGCACAGUGGCACUGGAUUCCACCCAUACACACUCUACACGGUGAAGUAUGAGACAGCCCUGGACGGGGAGAACAGCAGCGGCCUGCAGCAGCUGGCCUACCACACUGUGAAUCGCCGCUACCGUGAGUUCCUGAAUCUGCAGACGCGUCUGGAGGAGAAAUCAGAUCUACGGAAGCUCAUCAAAAAUAUAAAGGGUCCUAAAAAGCUCUUUCCAGAUCUUCCGUUUGGAAACAUGGAUAGUGACAGAGUAGAAGCCCGUAAGAGCCUCCUGGAAUCCUUUCUAAAGCAACUCUGUGCCGUUCCGGAGAUCGCUAACAGUGAGGAGAUGCAGGAGUUCCUUGCUCUGAACACAGAUGCUCGUAUUGCCUUUGUCAAGAAACCAUUCAUGGUAUCCAGAAUAGACAAGAUGGUGGUGAGUGCUAUCGUGGACACCUUGAAGACAGCAUUUCCUCGCUCUGAACCCCAGAGCCCCACAGAAGAGCUGAGUGAGGCCGAGACAGAAAGCAAGCCCCAGACAGAAGGCAAGAAGCCUAGCAAGUCCAGACUGAGGUUCUCAUCCAGCAAGAUUGCUCCAGCACUGCACGUCACUGAAGCACCUGAGAAGAUUCUGUACUGCCUCCAGGAAGGCAGUGUGGAGUCAGAGAUCCUGUCCAUGUCUGGGAUGGAGUCCUUUAUAGAAAAACAGACAAAGUUACUAGACAUGCAGCCAGAAGAAGCCCCGGAAAAAGAUCCAGAACAAAUUCCCAAAGGCUGUGCGGAUGGUUACUUGUCAGAUGCAGCCAUGCCAGCCCCAGACCUCAGCACCAGCGAUCCAGGAACAGAGACAGAGCUAGCGGACACAGCCCUGGAUCUGCUCCUCUUGCUGCUAAUGGAACAGUGGAGAUGGCUAUGUACAGAAAACAUGCAAAAAGUUCUUCAUCUUGUCUUUGGUACCCUAAUUCAGAGGUGGCUGGAGGUGCAAGUGGCUAAUCUAACAUGUCCACAACGCUGGGUGCAGUACCUCCGACUUCUUCAGGAGUCCAUCUGGCCUGGUGGGGUUCUGCCUAAGUAUCCACGGCCUGUAAGGACUCAGGAGCAGAAAGUGGCUGCUGAAAAACAGGCUUUGCAGAGCCUGAUGGGAAUCCUGCCAGAUAUUGUCGUAGAAAUCCUUGGGGUGAACAAAUGCCAGCUGAGCUGGAGUCUGGUCUUGGAGUCACUACAGGAACCCAUCAUCAACAGGCACUUGAUUUACUGCCUUUGGGACAUCAUCCUGGAAUUCUUGGAUCUCAGUGCCUCUGUUGAGGAGUCUACCAUCACCACCUCUGCCUCAGAUACCCCAGGCAACCCCAGGAGAACGGGCGUCUCCCCUUAGCCAUAGGUUAUUCUCAUUCUUUGAAGGCUAGGAAAGGAGAAUUGCUCUCCCACCGCACCCCCAGUCAGGAAACCUCUGCCCCCUGAAUCUGGGCUGUAGCUCAGAAGGCCUGGGGUCCCAGGGGCACACUUUCUCCCCCAACUGUGCUACAUUUUUAGCAGAUGAUGGGGGAAAUAUGUACCAAUCGCAUGUGUAUCCAUUUCCUUACCUUUUUUGUGAUGUUUGGAUUGUUGCUGGUGGAAAAGGAAUCUGUGAGGUAGAAGAAUGAGCCCCUUUUGCCUCUCCUUUGCCCUCCUUCCUAAGUUUGUUUGCUGGGAGCCUGGCCCUGUGCAUACACGUUCCUAAUCCACUAACACAAAUUGUAAGGUAGACCAAGAGAAAACUGAUAAUCAGAUUUCUUGGAGAAGUAGACAAUCUUCUAGAGCUCUCUGUUCCCGCCAAGAAACUGAAAAUUCAUUCAGACCACUCUUGAAGGCCAGAUCCUCUGAGUUCUAUCUAGUUUCCCAACAAUUCCAAAGAAAGGGAAAACAUUUCUCUAGGGACUUUUUGCUAAUUGGCUAUUUCCCAACACAUUAGUCCUAGGGAGGAUGUCAUUGAAGGCUGCUUCCCUGGGUGGCUACACUUUGCCUGUUCAGAAGACUUCAAAGCGAACUGCCAAAGCUUCCAGGGAGAUCCACCCCACCCUCCACACCCUUUCCUGAAAGGGAGUUGCAUCUCAGAUUUUAUUUAUUAGCUUUCCUCCUAACCCCUCUCCAAGAGUUGAGUUUUGGUCUUUGUGACUUUCUGUCUUCCUUCAGCAGAAUCAUAUGGCAAGUUGCUUAGUCAGCCCAGUGCUUCCAAAGGGAAGGGAAAGGCUUGUUCCUGCUCUGUGCCUGGGAAUGUGCCCGAGGAGGAGGGAACCCAGCGGGGCACCGGGCUUCUCUUUUCCCAGGUCUCUAGCAGGGGACUGUUAACUUGAACCGAUAAUAGCAAACCUGCAGGGAACUGAUUACCCACAAAAAGCUUUUUACUUCCUGUUCUUUAAGGAUCUGGUUAUAAUUAGUCUUUAGGGACACUUGAAGAUGGAGGCAAAAGUACUAUAUCAGACACUCUAUGGUGUCUUAGAAGAAUGGAGUAAUUAGGACAAAUUGUUGGUAGGAAAGAGGCAGAAAGUCACAAGGGAAGUACUCCACAUUAAGUGCACGUGAGUAGCUGACAGGGUCCAAAGGGGUCACCAGGAGAUCCUUGCCCCCCCUUAUCCCUUUAGCUUUGCACUUGCCUGUUAGAGCCCUGCUGUCACUGAAUUGUGGAUCCUCCCAUUUGGAAGGGGAUACUGGGAUAAGAAAGCAAUGAGAUGGAUCUAGAACAAGUGUCAGGUUCCCUUCGACUCUGAAGUAGAUGAUGUGCACACAAUUAAAGUGGUUUAUGGGAGAAA